UCUCAGAAGAGGGGGAGCAGCAGCGCGCGAGCGCGCCGUCGUUUUCAGGGACGGGGUACAGCUGGGAAAAAUACAUACGCACGCACACACCUCUGUCUCUCUCACACACGCACAUAAGGCUAAAACAAAAGCGACUCGAAAGGAGACAAGACGCUACUGAUGCUGGCACCGCGGAGCAAGAGAGCGUGAGCAUGCGGCGCGGAGCAGGGGCUGCAACAGACCUUUGAUUGUUUCUUGGAAACCCUGGAGCGCGAGGGAAUAAAAUGGAGUGGUAGGGGAUCCGAGGCGCGAGAGGCGCGUCCACCUGCUGCUACCGGGGAGGCAGUCCGGGCUCGCGAAAGAGGGUAGAUAUGGUGAGACCACUGCACUGAAGAGGAUAAAAAACAUAUGACAACAUUCCUCACGCCUAACGAUCAAACGGAGCCUGAAGUGUAGCGGGAGGCUGGACAGUGGUGAUUAUGUUAGAUAGAGAGAGAUUCAGUUGAGAUUGAUGGAUGUUCUCCAGGAGUCCCAAUUCUCGGGGGCAGAUCACAGCCCCUGCCCAAGAGAAAAUGAAGAACUUGACCCGUUGGCAGAUGUGGCACAAGAUCUAAGGAGCUGUGAUGACAUUGAGCCUGCUGUGCUGUCCAUGCCCUCCCUCUGUGGUCAGAAUCAGACAACUGAAGGUCCUCUUAGCCCAGCCGAUCUGCAUGAUGGGUCAAUUUCCAACACCACCACGCUGUCCUCUCUCUCUUCAUUCUCUUCGCCUUCCUCCCUCUCAUCUCUCUCUUCUGUGCCCUGUUCCAAAAUUGUUACGCCCUGGUCUGUGCCACAGACCUGUGACAGGUCAUCACUCUCUAACUUGGACUCAAGGGGCGGAGACUGCCUUAGCUGUCUGAUCCCCAAAAACCAGACAGAACCAGAAUCUUGUGAGUCUGUGCUAAGCUUUGCCAGUAUAAACUUGCAAUGCCUAGGUCCCACCCCCAGCACCGGUCGCUAUGGUGACCAGGUUCUAUCUGAUCAGCUGCUCAGUGGACCCACCCAGCCAGCUGAAACCCAUGAAGGGGCUGAGGAGGGUAGGUCAAUGCAGGAGAGCGAAUCAGAUGAGGAUCCUGCAUCCAGGAGCAUAUACGAAGGUCUUAGUGAGGAGGCACAGGACUGGAGCUGUCUAGAGACUCUCAUCAGUGAAAGCCGUAUGGAGCUGUUGGACUUAUGCUCCCGCAGUGAACUUGCAGUCAAUCUGUUCUGUGAGGAGGACGUGGAGAAUUACAUGUUUCAGGAGGAGGAGACAGAACUCAGUGGUGAUGUCUGCUCACUCAAAAUACGCUAUGAGUCCUAUCAGGAUGGAGGACAGGAGAGGAGUGAGUCUGCCCUAAAGGAUGAAUCUCAGCUAGGUUUCUUUCCGAGCUUACCUUGCAGUAGGAAGGAGGGGGUAAAAGAGAAACCAGACCAACCAGCUGAGAUUAAAGCAGAUGACCAUGUGACCCCAAAUAUUAGCCCUGACAGUAAAUUUAUUUUUGACCUUAGUAACUCUCCAGAUGAUUCCGGUGAAUUCAGCGAUGACAGCUCUUACACGGGCUCCCCAGAUCACAGCCUUUCCCUCCGCCAUGGCUGCCUGUCCAGAGAAAACUCAAGCUCCUCCAGCCAGCUAAGCUACCGCCUUCGAGCCAAGAGGAAGGUGGCCUACAGAGAAGACUACCUGUAUGAUGUGGACUCUAUAGAAAGUGAGAGAAACAUAGAGAAACGUGAAAAACAGACUGUUGGGCUCAAAAAAGAGCGUGAUGACGACUGGUGCCCAAAGAAGAGGCGGCGGUCGAUUCGGAAAGAGCCUCCUGUCAUUAUAAAAUACAUAAUCAUUAAUCGUUUUAAAGGCCAGAGGCAUAUGAGAGUGAGGCUGAGGCGGGUUGACCCAUCACCUGCUGGGGUCUGUCUGAAUACAAAUGCCCUGCUGCACUAUGAGAAACUUGCACCACUGAAAGCCUACUGGCAGGAAAGAGAAAAGGAACAGCAGGAGAAGAAUAGAUUGACAGCUACAGAAAGAACCAAACGUCUCAAUGGCUGCAAAAGACCACCAAGCACUACACCAAAACGUAAGCACAGGAUGGCCAGACUCAGGAUUCAACAGAUCCAUGCAGUAGAGAAUUCCCUCCCAAGACAAACUAUAGUAGUCCCUGCCAACAAUCGGUCAGAGGGGACUGAAUCGCUAAAAAGCACAGAGGAACCAAAAGAGGACAUUACCUUCAUUACACACACUGCCAGGGUUAAAAGCAGAACACAGGAGAGAGAGGAAAGGAGAAAGGCAGGUAAAACAGGGAAGAUAAAGAAAUUCAAAAGUGAAGCAAGGCUUAAGUUGAAAAAGCUAUUAGAGGCUGAGACACAGGAAGUCCCUGAAGCCUCUGAGAUUGAGCAGUGUGGCCCAUGUUUACCAGAAAACCUCAGUGAUUCUCUGGAAGGUAAUGUUGUCACAAAUGAGACCUCCGGUAAUGAAUCUGAAAAAUGCACUUUGACCCCAACUGCUCCGGGGUCUGAUGAAAAUUCAGAACUCCUCCCAGGGGGAUACCUGCAGACUCUUCUGGAAGCCUCCGAGUCAUCGAGCAGUGCUAACAUCACCUAUUUCCAUCAGGGGCUGCAGAAUGACACACUGCAGCCCAUCCAGAGCUGCGUUCUCUCUCCCCCCUCCGAAUCUGAGCUCCCACACUCUCCUCCACCUAUGAACCAUGGGCCACAUCACACACACUAUACUGAGCCCAAUCUUACUGAACCAAAUCAGCCCAUUUCAUGGCCAUCCCAACCACCUGUUGAACAGCUGCCCUUCUCCCCAGAUGUCCCAACCCAGUCACCUGUAAUGCCAUCAGGCUUUCCCACACCAUUGCCCGUGUUAGCAGGGGAUGGCACAACUGUAACAGGGUAUGGACAAGUGUCUUUAUCAGGGUGCAGGGUGUCAUAUGAAGAGUCUAAUCCUGAUGCUGAUUAUGGCUUGAGUCCUCCAGUGUCUCAGAGUGAUAAUGGUGUGGGACGACUGGUUAGCUUUAACUCUCUGGGGUCACUAUCUGCCACCUCUAGCAACUACAGUUCACUCAGCCUGAGAGAGGGAGAAAGGGAUAGGGAGGAGGAAAUUGGUGAGAUCAACAAUGGCUUCCUACCGCAUUGCAGCCCUCGGCUAGUCCUUCAGCAUAGUCUUGAGGAGGUUGCUCCACUUCGAGAGUCCACAGACCUCUUGGACAUUUCCAACUUUACCCCUGAUAAAUUCCGUCAUUCAUCACUGUCUGAGAUGUCCCCACCAGACACACCCAAUUCUUCCCCACAGCUGCUGGGAAAUUGUGGGAAAGUUGGAGAAUUCUUAGAGGCAGGAGACACAAAUGUAAAGUGGAGCUGUGGAGCUGUCCUGCAGCUUGAUCAAGAUAGAACAGGAACUGCACAACGCCUUCAGAUACACUCUUUCAACACAGAGGAGGAAGAAGUGAGGGUUGGGGAACAACAUGGUUCAACAAAAAAUAGUGGUAAAAAUGGACAAGGCACCAAAAAAACCAAAACCACAAAAACAGUGAAAGGAGAGAAAGUAAAGCUACCAUGUCAAGGCUCUCGUUCUGUGCGUAAGAUCAAAGCUUUGCUGGAGGGAAAAGCAGUCAAAAGUCGGGGAGGGUCAGGAAGUGGCAUUUCAUCCCCCACCCCAUCACUUGGUUUGAUGGGACCUCAGGGGGAGUGGCAUAACACUGGGGGAGUUUCCAAUGAUGACCAACGAGAAUUCCAGGAACCAUCAAACAUCCUGUCCAAUAUUGUGUCUGGCAUGGCUGAAGUACAGCGCUUCAUGAGGGCCUCUGUAGAACCUCUUUGGGGGCCUUGCCUGUCACCAGGUCAGCAUGCCCUCCAGAGCCAGACACUUAAGAUUCUGGGUAGUGCCGCUGACCUUAAAAAACGGGGUGGUGCCUCAGGCGGAGGUAGAGGGAAAAAAGGAGCAGGGCGUGGUGGAAAAACACUGCCUAAACUUCUCCCACCAGGCUUCUUUCCUCCCCUUGGUCUGGACUGCCUCCCACUUCCACACCGUCCAGCCCACAAAAAAAUGUACCGUCACAAAAGCAGUGCUAAGUUUGCCCGUGAGGAACUCUUAGCGGGCAAAGGGAACAUAAAAGGAGUAGCAUUGACCGCUUUGGUAGAGAAACAGAGCUAUAACACUGUAAGUGUUAAAUCAGUGUCACAGCACCAUCGUUUAAACCGAGCCCAGCGCCCUGCUCUGUCUCUCAGCAAAUGGUUGCCUUCUGAUCAGGGGUCAAAGGUCAUGUGUAGUGUUCUGUGCUAAGAAUUGUUUUUCCCUUGUUAUUGUGCCAACCCCUCAGAACAUUGGGCUUUGACAUUCUAAAAGACAAGAUGCUCUUGUUUUCUGAGGUUCUGAUAUUUACUGGUCUCAAAUUAGAUUUUUCAUUAUCGUUGUUUGUUUAUAAGUUGUGAAAGGUAGGUUCAUUCAUCUGUUCUCCAGUAAAUCUCCUCCUGCCAGUAUCAAAAUGCUGUUGUACACAAACAUAUGCACUAUUUACAAAACAAGAUUAUAUCAAACAUGUUUAAAUUAAUGUGCCAAACUAUGAAUAAUUAAGUGUACAGACAGUUUUAUCUACAUAAAUAUUUGCUGUUUUAUAAUGUGGCAGUGAUUGGGGAGCGUAUGUGUUCUUGGGAUGGGGGGUGGAGUUGUUAAUCUGAGAUUUACUCCUGUUGCAUCACUUCGUUACAAACAGAAAGCAGCUAGGAGUCAUUUCAACAAUCAAAAGGAAAAUGUUGUUGGUUUAUUUUCUGUAUUUUACACUCCUGGCUAGUUUAAGAUUAGAGGCAUGAAGUAAGAGAUGCAUGAAUUGUGGAGAGGGAGUUUAAAAACCAUAAUGGCAGAGAAAAACAAUGGUAGCUUUUCAAUCUGAUUAAUUUCUGGAUGGUAAAAGAUCAUUGUAUAACAAGGUAAAAAGGGGUCAUUUCUGCUUAUUAUAAGACAUUACAUAAUGCAUUCUAACUUGUUUACAUUCCCAAGCUUCUAGUUUAGCUCAGUAGCUCUCCUAUGUUCCUCUGAGUUUUAUGCCAUUAAAACCAGUUUAGAACAAGACCAAAUAUUUUUUGAAAGUUUUUCUAUUUUGUUGCUAGUGAUGUGCAUGCAUUUAAAAACAUGAUAUAAAUAUGUGUUGUGAAUGCUGAUCCCCUGUAUUAUUACUUUCUCUGACUCGCCUGUUUUUUCUUUCCUUAUUUUAAAACCAAAUUUUUCUAUUGCUGUUGGAACGUUAUUUGUCAUGUAUAAAAAAGGGAAAGUUGCCAACAUGGUUACCCACAUGUUCUGUUUACAUCAUUUCUGCAGGAUUUUAUUUUGUUUAUUUUUUAUUAUAUAACUCCCUGAAUACCCCCUCUUUUGAGAAUAUCCCAGCAGGAAGGAGGUUUCUUUUGCUCUUGCGCUGAUUGAGACAUUUCUGAAUUUGUGAACAGUACAUAAGUUUAGUAGAUAUUUCUACCUGCUAUCUGAUUCACAAGUGACGCAAGUUUUGAACCCCUCUGAAAACCCCUUGAUUUUAGGGAAACAAAUAAGAGCACUACCCAUGUGUAUGUGUGUAUGUAUGUAUGUAUGUAUGUAUGUGUGUGGCUGUACGUAUGUGUAUAAUUAUUUUUUAUUUUUUAUUAUUAUCUGUGUCUUGCUGCUGUUUUUGUAUUGUUUUUGUAUUGUUGUACACUGGAAGCUCCUGUCACCAAGACAAAUUCCUUGUAUGUGUAAGCAUACUUGGUAAUAAAGCUGAUUCUGAUUCUGAUUCUGAAGAGCUUUUUCCAGCCUCAUCUAGCAAAAUACAAGGAAAAUUAGAUUGUAAAAUCAUUUUAAAUUCAUGUUGUUGUUUUUUUCUCCAUGCUGAGCGAAUAGAGAUGUAAUAGUUGGUUCAGGUCCAUUGACUCAGGGAACCCAACUGCAUUCACAUCUCUCAUUCCCACAGCUGCCCAUCCCACCAAACAAAUUCAAGCCGCUCUCAGUGCUGCCCCCUGAUGUGCUGUUGCUAAACCUGCAGGACAUCUGUGAUGUCAGUACAGGGAGCUCUUGUUCACAUUUGGAGAACAGAGUUUAAAUCAUUAUAGCACACGUCCCCCGCACUAACUGAAGGUGUUCGAAUUUUUCAAAUCUUCUAAAACAGUGUUAUUCACCUAUAAGUGCAUCAUGUGAAAUUAAAACAAGCAUAUCAAAAACGUAAUUGUGCCCUAUUUAUGAAUGUAUUAUAUUUUCAUGUUGGAAGUUUUUUUUUGUCAUGAUUUAUUUGAUUACAUUACUUGUAACUACUGUUUCUCAUUAUCAAGGAAAAAAAGAAACUGUUUCUACUGCCUGGUCAUUCUUUGCCAGGUUCAUUCUCAAUGAACUCUUGAUGUAGGAAAAAAAUGAUGACCUGUAUAUUUUUCAUUGUGCCAAUUUGUAACAUAUUUUCUAAGUGUAUAUUUUUCUUAGAAAGUGAUGUGAGGUCGUUCUUAUUGUGGCUUCUGUUCUUUUUUUCCCUUUUCAGCAAAUGAAAAGGUUACUAAUUGCCAUGAUGUUUUCUUUUUCUCUUAUUUGUUUUUUGUUUGUUUGUUUAGAAAAAAAAAAAGAAAAAAAAAACUAUUGUAAAGGAGAGACAAGGAGAGCAAGCUGUGACUCUUUGUUGAGAGUUUUUGUAAUUGGACCAAUCUUGUUGUAAGAGUGUUGUGCUCUAGUAAAAUAUAUAUUAAUUAAAAAAUUAAAAAAUAAACCAUGAAAACAGACAGUGGAACAAUUACACUAAUUUGUGAUCUCAUUGCGGUUUUAUAGUAUUUUGUUUUGUUGUAUCUGUCACAAAAGUUGAAAUAUUUGUGAUCAAGCCUGUAUGGUGACAAAUGUAAUAUUGGUAACUUGCUAAGUUUUGUAAUCAUGUUUAUGGAAUAAAUAUGAAUAAAAAGAGCUUUUGAUUGCUUGUGUCA